CUAGUUUUGAAUUGCAUAAUUGAAUUUUGUAUUUAUCUUUGUCAAUUACAUCCUAAUUACAAGUUUAUGAAUAAAACCUACUCUUAUUUUGCAUGUAUAUUGAAUAUAUAGCUAUGGAACUACCCCGAAAACUAAUUGGUUCUCUGAGCCAAUUCUGGAAGAUUAAUGUUUUAGACAUUAAACAGCUGUAUGAUUCUGUAGAAAAGCUUGUUUUUGUUAGUAUUAGUUUAGAAAAAAGGAAGACAGACGUGGUCCGAAGCCGCUACAACUCAACAAUGCGAGUACCCAAAGCACUAAAUCCAAGACUCCAAAAGCAGCUUUUAUUACGAUUUGGUGUAUAUGAAACAGUAUAUCCUGUUGAGACAACUCCAAGCAGAACAGUCCCAGACCACAUUGAGAAGCCGGAGUAUGUGUUACAAAAACAGCCAACGGUGUUACCGGACAAAGCGGAAGUUAAAGAUGUCAAUCAGUUGCGAGGAAUGAGAAGAAGCUGCAAGCUGGCUGCUAAUAUAUUAGCUCAUGUUCAGAAGAAUAUUUAUCCAGGUAUCACUACAGAUGACAUUGAUGGAAUGGUACACAAGUUAACAGUAGAAGCUGGAGCAUAUCCAUCCCCGUUGCAUUAUAAAGGCUUUCCGAAGAGUGUAUGCACCUCUGUUAACAAUGUUGCUGUACAUGGCAUACCUGAUCUGAGGCCACUGCGGGACGGUGACAUUAUAAACGUUGAUAUAACAGUAAGUCUGAUAACAGUGAUAACGCUGUGCUGGCACCAGUAUGUCAAUUCCUUACAAAAUAAUGCAAUCAAAACGUGUGGCCCAGAAGUGCCAUUUAGCGAAAUAGGAGCAUCGAUAUUUAGACAUUCGAAAAGAAAUGGACUGACAGUGCUGCCCGCUUUCAUAGGCCACGGUAUUGGAAGAUAUUUCCAUGGCCCCCCAGAUAUUUACCACACGUUAAACCGCUACCGUGGCCGAAUGAGACCAGGCAUGACCUUCACCAUCGAACCUGUCCUCUCACAUGGCAGUAAGCACACACUCAUACUCCCUGAUGGGUGGACGGUUGUCACAGAAGAUGGCGCUAGGAGCGCGCAAGCGGAACACACAGUUCUAGUCACGGAGGAUGGUGCUGAGAUCCUUACCAAGUAGUUGUUAGUUUAUUAAUGUUAUGACUUAUGUUUAUACAUGUUGCCUAAAGGCAAAGAAAUAGUACCUACAGUCUGCACGCGACUUCAAGGCCAGGCCCGAAAGAGAUUUUCGGCCGCAAACUAAGUUGUAUGAAGUCGCGGCCGGCCAGUCUCAGUCGGACCUUACUUCAAGGGAAUCGAUACGAAUGCCCUUGCCUUGUCUUGAGGCCACUUGCAUACGUCCGUUAUUUCCAUCGGAUAAUAUAUAUAUACAGUGUGGAAAAAUCGAAUGCCACAUCAAUG